AAGUGAAUGGUGUCCAGAACUUUGAAGCUCCAAAAAAGCAUAGAAACUCACCAUAAAAGCAAUCCAUACAACUACAGUGGUUAAAUCCAUGUCUUCUGAAGUUAUAUGAUAGAUUUGAAUGAGAAGCUUGUACUAUAAAUCUCCAAUUUUACUUUCACUUUCACAUUCUUUGUGCAUAUCGUCACCUAGUGGUCGGGGCUGGUCAAAGGUGGACAUUUCUAGUAAAAAGGACUUAAAGGAAUAGUUCACUCUAAAAUUACAAUUAUCUAAUCAUUUACUCACCAUCAUGUUAUCCCAGGUGUGUAUGACUUUCAUUCUUCACCAGAACACAUUUGAAGAAAAUAGAACAAUAUCUCAGCUCAGUAGGUCCUUAAAAUGCAAGUAGAUGGGAUCAGACCUUUAAAGCUCCAAAAAUCACUGACAAUCAGCAUAAACCUAAUCCAUAUGACUCCAGUUGUAAAACUAAUGAAACGAUCGAUUUUGGUGCUAAAAAGUUCAAUAAUUAAGUACAUAUUUUAAAUCAUGGUUUCUGGACUGUUUCUCACCCACACUUAUUUUAUCGAUUCUGAAGAUAUGGAUUUUAUCACUGGAGUCUUAUGGAUAACUUUUAUGCUGCCACUAUGUGCUUUUUGAAGAUCCGUAUAACUACAGAGCUGAAGUGUUUUAAAAAAUAAAUCUUAAUUUCAUCACAAAUAGUCAUACACCUCUGUGAUGGCAUGAGGGUGAGUAAAUGAUAUGAGAAUUUUGGAUGGACUAUCCCCUUGUUUUGAACCCAGAACAUUCCUUAAAAAUGAUCAUUAUAGCCUAUGUAUUUUUAUAAUCUAUUUUUAAAUCCAUAAUUUGCCUAACUUUGUUGGUUUAAUGUUCUCUUAUCAUUUUAAUUUAACAUAUUGUGACGUCUGUAAUGUGUACAAAUAAUUGUAGUCUAUUAAACAAUGCUUUUAUAAUAUUGUUUCAGUGAUAGAAAUGACUUUGUACAAAUUGCACGAAAUGAUAGUAAUUAAGAUACCUUUAGAUAACUUUCACUUUAGGAACAAUUUUAAGAGCCCACAUUCGUUAACCUGUAAUUUUCAUAAAAACUCUCUUCAGGUUCCAACGUUUGACGAAGUGAAGGUUUACCUAUCGACACAACACAAUAAACACACGCACGGUACUACACUGAAUAAGGAAAUAAGAUAUCAAGCAAAAGUCAAACAAAUUAAAAGUCAGGAAGAGCGGUGAAACGUUGAAAUGCGGAAGAUCUUUGUUCACAGCAGCAGUACUACACCGAGCCGAGGUGUUUACAGGGGUUCCCCACACACCGACUUACACUGGGCACUAAACCAUCUGGAUGCAGAUCAUGUGUUACGUAACUUACUGGAAAUAAAUGCACUGAAGUGAAACUCAAUCAACUUUGCUUGGCGAUAAACACGGAUUCAAUUUGGGGGCCCCCACUGUCGCAGCUCGUGGACCCUGGGACUGGGGGAAUAAACCCAAGCCAAACCUCGGCUCGAUGCCCAAAGAGAGGCGGAGGUCACUCCGAGAGGCGGUGUUCCCCCGUUUGUCUCCUAUUUGCGACGGAUCAGAAGGAGGAGGAGGAGGAGGAGAACGCGCAAGAAACUUUUCAUCCACAGAGAUUUGUGAUGAUCCAACACAGAUGGCGGAACAGUACAGUAGGCAAGCAGGCUUUCUCCCCGACAGUAGUCCGAUGCGAGGGUGCUUCGUGCCGCAGGUGACCAUCACCUCUGACGGGGACUCGCGGGAGAUCACGCAGGAGGAUCUGGAGGAGGAGGAAGUGAACGGACGGCUGCGCCGCAAACUCUCCAACUCAUCCCUCUCUUCCAAUGGCUCUUCCACGGCGUUUGACGAGUCGGAGGAUGACAUCCUCAGUGACAACGAGAGCAAGAGCAAAGGCAUUGUGACUCUGGAGCAUUUGGGGGACUCGGUAGACACAGGAGAGCAAACCAAUGCUUGGUGGAAACUGAAAACUAUUGUCCAUUGUCCUUUGGUAGCCUCACAACGAAAACGACUUUCCUGGGUUCAGUUAGCAGGCCAUAAAGGCAGCUUCAAAGCAGGAGAUAAGGGCUCCAUAUUGAAGAAGUUCUCAGAGAAUGAGAAGCAGUGUUUUGAGAGGCUGAAAGAGGAUGCUUUAAAUUCCUUCGUGCCAGUCUACAAUGGAGUGGUAGAGAGAGAUGGAGAACUCUUUCUGAAAAUGAAAGACCUAUUGGCCAGUUUUGAUACUCCAAAUGUCAUGGACUGCAAAAUGGGAGUGAGGACGUAUCUGGAGGACGAGCUAGUGCGGGCGAGGGUCAAGCCUAAGCUACGCAGAGACUUAUAUAAAAAGAUGCUGGAGGUGGACAGUGAGGCUCCUACAACUGAGGAACAGAAGCAACAGGCUGUUACUAAACCACGCUACAUGCAGUGGAGGGAAAGUCUUAGCUCUACUAACAAUCUGGGCUUCCGCAUCGAGGGUAUCAAGAGUGGUGAAACCUGCAACACAGACUUUAAAAGGACCCGCUCAAUGGAGGACAUCACUCAGGUCUUCAAGGAUUUUGUUGGAGGCAACAAAAACAUAAUUAACUCCUAUAUAACAAGGCUUAAGGAUAUUAAACAUGUUCUGAUGACUUCAGAGUUCUUCAAGAAACACGAGGUCAUUGGGAGUUCACUUCUCUUCAUUCACAAUCACACAGAGAGAGCUGAAAUCUGGCUCAUUGACUUUGGGAAGACAACACCUCUUCCGGAUGGACAGAGCGUGGAUCACUACAGACCCUGGGAAGAGGGCAACCGAGAGGAUGGAUACCUAUUGGGCCUUGACAACCUGCUGCAGACCCUUACCUCACUUGCCAGGGAGUGACCUUUUGACUUCUUUUUGAGAACUUUUUUUUGUGAGUGACAGCAACGGGAUGGAUGCUGAUAGACAAUACAUUUUUUGCAGUGCAUUAUAGGGAGGCUACCGGUGAAAUAAUUAAUUACUUUACAGUAUUAAGCUGUAAAAGCAUCCCAUUGUCAGACCAGUUUUAAAUUUUUUUUUAUUUCAAACUGAUCUUUGAUUUAAUGUCUGUCAUUAUGCAUCAUACAGUUCCUCCUCCCCAAGACCCUUUGUGUUGUGUGUAUUUUAUGUACAUACUGGCACCUAUCAUAAUCAGUUGUUUUAUAUAUGUAUAUGUAGGGUUGAAUUCAGAAUCUUACAUACACAUUGGUUGAAGUCAUUAAAACCAAUAUUUUAACCACUCCACAGAUUUUAUAUUAGCAAUCUAUAGUUUUGGCAACUUUUGUGCAUGAUACAAGUCAUUUUUCCAACAAUUAUUUACAGACAGAUUGUUUCACUGUCAAUUGACUAUCACACAAUUACAGUGGAUCAGAAGUUUACAUUCACUAAGUUAACUGUGCAUUUAAUCCAGAACAGAUUGUCAAGCCUUUGGCAAUUAGCCAAUUAGCUUAUGAUAGGCUAAUUGGAGUCAAUUGGAGGUGUACGUGUGGAUGUAUUUUAAGGCCUAUCUACAAACUCAGCGCCUCUUUGAUUGACAUCAUGGGAAAAUCUAAAGAAAUCAGCCAAGACCUCAGAAAAAAGGUAUGGUUAAUCCUUUGGAACAAUUUCCAAACACCUAAAGGUGCCUCGUUCAUCUGUACAAACAAUAGUACUCAAGCAUAAACCCCAUGGGACAACACAGCCAUCAUACCACUCAGGAUGGAGACGCAUUCUGCCUCCUAGAGAUCAACGUAGUUUGGUGCGAAAAGUGUAAAUCAAUCCCAGGGUAACAGCAAAUGACCUUGUAAAGAUGCUGGAGGAAACAGAUAGACAAGUAUCUAUAUCCACAGUAAAACGAGUCCUAUAUCGACAUAAACUGAAAGGCUGCUCUGCAAGGAAGAAACCAUAGAAUAGCCAGACUACAGUUUGCAAGUGCACAUGGGGACAAAGAUCUUACUUUUUGGAGAAAUGUCCUCUGGUCUGAUGAAACAAAAAUUUAGCAGUUUGGCCAAUGCUGCAGGAGGGACAGAUGCACUUCACAAAAUAGAUGGCAUCAUGAGGAAGGAGAAUUAUAUUGAAUCAAAAUCUCAAGACAUCAGCCAGGAAGUUAAAGCUCGGUCACAAAUGGGUCUUCCAAAUGGACAUUGACCCCAAGCAUACCUCCAAAGUUGUGGCAAAAUGGCUUACGGACACCAAAGUCAAGGUAUUGGAGUGGCCAUCACAAAGCCCUGACCACAAUCCGAUAGAAAAUUACACCAGUUCUGUCUGGAGGAAUGGGACACAAUUCCAACAACUUAUUGUAAGAGGUUUGUGGAAGGCUACCCAAAACAUUUGACCCAAGUUAAACAAUUUAAAGGUAAUGCUACCAAAUACUAACAAAGUAUAUGUAAACCUCUGACCCACUGGGAAUGUGAUGAAAUUAAAGCUGAAAUACAUAAUUCUCUCUACUAUUAUUCUGAUGUUUCACAUUAUUAAAAUAGUGAUCCUAACUGACCUAAGACGGGGAAUAUUUUCUACGAUUAAAUGUCAGGAAUUGUGAAAAACUGAGUUUAAAUGUACUUGGCUAUGGUGUAUGUAAACUUCUGACUUCAAAUGUAUUUAUAUAUAUUUGUGACGAGGAGGAGGAGAGCGUGGCCAGGCCACGCACUUAAUCAGCUGAUCAGUGGGAGAGCGAAAUAAAGUGGGGCCGGAGGCGCCACUUCGAGAGAGAGAUAUGCAUAUGUGUCUGUGUUUGUCUAUGUUUGUUUUUAGUUAAGUUUCUGAUUAAACUUUACGUUGACUGUUCAGCUGGUUCCCGCCUCCUCCUUGCCCACCUUUACCUGUUACAAUAUUAUUUCUGCACAUUUCAUAAAGGAUAAACUCGCAUUAAUAUUUGGUUGUUAGCAACAUUGCUACAUGUCUAGGACCAACAAACACUAGUCAAACAAUAGACCUUAUUCACGCUUGCUCCAUCUUUAAUUUUUAAUAGGAAUGACUUUGAGGCUGUGAAGGAAAGACUUACAGUCUCUUCAAUGGGCUUUACUGCAGUUUAAAUAAUUUUUGGAUCGUUCCGCAGACAAAACAUCGAUAAAAUGUCUGUCCAAGAACAAUCAGUAUACAAAGAACUCCAGACAACAUGAGUUGUGGAAAAUCAGAUGUGAUCUAGGAGCUUUAAACAACUUUAUAUAGUUUGUGCCAUUGUAGAGAUGGUAAGUCUAUCGUCACAGCCUCGUUGUCAUUCCCAUUAAAAAACAAAGACGAUGGUAGCAUGAAUAAUGUCUGUUGACAUUGCACAACUGAAUAUUUUCUAAACUUGUGCCAUUAAACUAAUGUGUAGAACCAUUAUGCAACAAUUAUAGGGUUACCUUUUAAAGUCUAUGCCAUUAAAUUAAUAUUUCACCUAAAAAUGAAAAUUCAUCUUUAAUUUACCCUCAUGCCAUCCCAGAUGUGUAUGACUUUCUUUCUUCUGUAGAACACAGACAAAGCUCUGUAGGUCCAUACAAUGCAAAUGAGUGCCAAAAUUAUGAAUCUCCAAAAUGCACAAAGUCAGCAUAAAAGUAAUCCAUAAAAUUCCAGUGGUUAAAUCCAUAUCUUCUGAAGAGAUAUGAUAUGUGUGGGUGAGAAACAGUUCAAUAUUUAAGUAUGUUUUUACCAUACAUUCUCCUCCCUGCCCAGUAGGGGGUGAUAUGCAUGAAGAAUGUGAAUUGCCAAAAACAAAAGAAGAAGGAAUUAAAUAUUAAACUGUUUCUCACCCACACCUGUCAUAUCACUUCAGAGUAUAUGGAUUUAACUAAUGGAACUUUAUAGACAGUUACUGUGUUUAUGCGCAUUUUAGAGCUUCAAAAUGUUGGCACACAUUCACUUGCAUUGUGAGGACCAACAGAGCUGAAAUAUUCUUCUAAAAAUCUUUGUUUGUAUUCAGUAGAAGAAAGAAAGUCAUACACAUCUGGUAUGGCAUGAGGAUGAGUAAAUUAUGAGAGAAUUUUUAUUUUUUGGGGAACUAUCCCUUUAAAUUCUGUCAUCAUUUACUAACAUUGUUCCAAACCAGUAUGAUUUACUUUCUUUCAUGGAACACAAAAGGAGGUGUUAGGCAGUAUGUUAGGGACUCAUAGACAAUUCACCAUUUUCUUUUGUUGCAUAUGUUUCUGUACAAUUAAAGUUAAUGGUGACUGAGUCUGUCCAUCCCUAACAUUCUGCCUAACACAGAAGAAUGUAACGAGUUUGGGCAAGAUGAGAGUGUGAAUGAUGGUAGACUUGUAUAUAGAAUACAUUAUUUGGGCGAACUAUCCAUCUUGUGUGCUAAGUGGUACAUGUACGCAAAGAUACAGUGUGAAUAAUGCACUCGUGUAUUUCUAGUAAUGUUUGGGAAUAUUUUGUUCUUUGACCGCAGUGAUCAAUCAAAGGUGGUGUUAUAGAUUAUUCUUUUGAUGUUUGCAGGGACAUAUUUUAUUGGUGUUAUUUUGAAGGAUCUGCGUUGCAAUUUUCCAUACCUGCACAUCACUUCAAGUGUUUUCAUUAUGGAUCAGACCAACUUAACCUUGUGACACUAUUUUGUUUUUUGGGGCAGGUGAGGUUUGUUACAGUGUUCCCUGUGCAGUAUGUUUAUUGCAAAUAAAACAUCAGCUCAAAUAAUUC